AUGGACGGCGACAGCUCAGCAAAGACCAUGGACAAGGGCGCCUCUGCUGCCUUGAGAAACGACGACCUUGGCUCCAACGCCGUCCAUGAGGACGCUGUCCCUAGAGGCGAGCCCGCAGGCGAGAAAACCACAGGCACCGGUACCUCUGCCUUUAGCGCAGACGGCGCAAUUGGCAAGCAGUUCACUGCCGACGGCUCAAUCGGACAGAUUGGUGAGAAGGUCGGUGGACCUUUCUCAUCAGAGGGUGCAAUUGGAAAGCAGUUCACCACUGGCGGUGCCAUCGGAGGCACUGUUCAAGAGAAUCUCGGCAAGGGCGAGAACAACACCUUCCAGAAGUAA